AUACGACGGACGGCCAGUCUUUAUAGGGUAAAAAAGAAACAGAUGCUCUGUUUGGACUAUUCUCAACCUAUCACUUGAUGCUGCUCUCCCCUCUCUUCUCUUAAAAAAGCCUCCAAUGGCUGUUGAAUGUUGGGUUUCAGCCUCUCUUCUCCGCCAACAUGACAUCAUCAACCGCCAUUAGUUUUCUCCAACCCAAACUCCAAUUCUUCCCCUGCCCUUUUUGCAGCCUCAAAUCGUUAAAACCCUUCUCCUCUCCCAAAUUUCCCAUAUCGAAAUUGGCCUUCUCCGGUGGAUUAGACCCCAAGAAAGCUCCUCCACUUAGAAACAGGGUCAUGGGUUCCAACAAUAGCAUGCUUGAGCUAACAAAUUUGCUCCCUUUUCGGAACAACGCUAAUGGCCACGAAACUGUUAGGGUGCUCCAACGAGAAGAAUGUUCUGAUGGGUCUGAGGAUUCGGGCCCUGGAAAUGCGGAUAAUGGGCUCGAGUCCACUCUCAAUCGAUUGAGUAAGUGGCUUGUGUCUGGCCUUUUUGCUGUGGUGAUACUAUGUAGGCAUGAUGCAGAAGCUUUGUGGGCUGCAAUGGGGUCUGUGGUGAAUUCCACACUUUCUAUUGUACUGAAAAAGAUACUAAAUCAAGAUAGGCCUAUUCCUUCUGUGAGAUCUGAGCCUGGAAUGCCGUCUUCGCAUUCCCAAUCCAUCUUCUACAUUUUUAUGUUUGCAAUUCUUUCAUUUGUGGAAUGGCUGGGGAUAAAUGAGAUUACCAUAAUUAUUGGUGCUCUUGCCUUGGCAUUUGGUGCAUAUCUUUCGUGGUUACGAGUUUCGCAGCGACUUCAUACGAUGAGCCAAGUGGUUGUGGGUGCUGCAAUUGGAACCAUCUUCUCCAUUUUGUGGUACUGGUCAUGGAAUGCUGUUGUGCAUGAAGCAUUUACUUCCUUUUUGUGGGUUCGAAUAGUUGUUGUUUUGGGGGCAGCUGGAUUUUGUGCAGGAUUCCUUUUGUAUGUGAUUCGUUAUUGGAUUAGGGAUGACCGAUGAACUAUGAAUUGCUUCUCAAUUGAUUCAAUGCACAUGAGAUUGGGCUUCAAUCCAGCGACUAAAAAAAAAAUUUGUCUAAAAUAAAGCCGAGUACAGACCAUAAAAGCAUGUAAAAUGAAUGAAAAUUGCUGAAUCCAGAUAUGGAUUUCAAGUGUAAAACACGAUAGUCUUAGGUGUGGUUGCCAUGUCACAUGGCUGAAUUGGGUCGAUGUAUCUUUGAUAUUUAGAAGGUUUUCGGUAUUGGUUCUCAUAAAUCAGUUACUUAUCCUAUCAAAAAAAAAAAAAAAAAAAUCAGAUACCUUAUUUGGAAAUUUCUCCAAACUGUCACCAACAGUCAUGCCCCCCCCCCCCUAAAAACGUUUAAAAUGGCUGUUAUGUUUCAGUCCCUCCACUCCGCUCAAUAUGUCAUAAACAACCACCAUUAAUCUCCAACAUCCUCAAGUCAUUGAAACACUCGUCUCCCUGGAGAUUUUGUGCCUUGGAAUUGUUCUUCUCCUUGGGUGGAUUAGUCCUCAAGAAAGCUGCACCAAACAGAGUCAUGGCUUCCAGCAUCAUUGUUGAGCUGAUUAAUUUGCCUAAUGGCGACAUAGUGCUUGAACAGGAAAACUAUAAUUCUGGCCUCGAAACCACUGUUGACCGAUUGAGCAAGUGGCUUGUACCUGGACUUUUUGCUGUUGGAAUACUAUGUAGGCAUGAUGCAGAAGCUAUGUGGGCUGCCGUGGGGUAUUUGGCGAAUACUAUGCUCGCUAUCAUGAUCAAACGAAUACUGACUCAAGAGAGACGUGCUGCCUCUGGUGUCUCAGUGCCGUCUUUGCAUGCGCAAUCUAUCUUCUACAUUGUUAUAUUUGCCAUUUCUUCAGUUGUGCAUUCUCUAGGGAUAAAUGUGAUAACGCUGACCAUGAGUGGAUUUGCCUUGGCAUUUAGCUCAUAUCUUUCAUGGAUACCAGUCUCACAUCGACUUCAUACUCUGAGCCAAGUGAUUGUGGGUGGUACCCUUGGGACCAUUUUCUCCAUUCUAUGGUACUGGUCAUGGAAUGUCGCUGUGCACGAACCAUAUGUAUUUCGACUUCUGGGUUCAAAUAGUUAGUUUGCCAGAUUGCAAAGCAUUUCUUGUAUAUGUAAUUCGGUAUUGGAUUAGAGAUGAACGAUGAAGUAUGAAAAUUGAUAUAUAUUGAUAGCAAGAUGAAGAUGCCACUUUGUCUCCA